GGGUUUGUAAUACGUAAUACAUAAAAUACAUUCUCUAUAUUUCUAAAUUUCUCCAUCGCGUAUCGGGUACAAAAUCCCCAAUUCACCUUCUCUAGGAUUCAAAUCCCUAAAACACGAUCUUCAUCUUCAGAAGAGGUUCAAAUCGAAUCUGAGAAGCCAUGGACAAAAGCAGCAGCAUCAACUCCACGGCCUCUACCGCCUCCAAUCUCAGCACGGCUUCCCUUGAGAAGCUAGAUCAGGCGGCGAGCUGGUUCGGCGCCACCGUCAUCUCCGCGUUCUUCGCCUCCCUCGAGCGCUGCUCCUGCGUGAACCUAUCUACCUUCGAUGAUGAUGACGACGAAGACGACAACGAGGAAUCCAACAGCCGUCCCCUUGCUCUCUCCGCCGCUCCUCAACCAGACGACAUCGUUUAGAUUCUCCGGUAAUCCCUCGGUUUUUAGGAAUUUAAUCAACGAUGUAAGACGUUCAGAAACUUUUGAUUGUAUAUGGCGGAUUUGAUAUCUAAUUUUUUUCCUUUUUCUCCGAAUGUUUAUGUGUAAACUGAUUAUGCUUGCCUCUGAACGGAUAUGGUUGGUCUUCGUUCAUGAUUUGUGAAGGUUUAUAUAUUUUAUAUAUGCUUGGUUUUGGAUU